CGUUCUUAAUCACGCGUUCAUUUCUUUCUCGCUCGCUCGCCCCACUUCCGUAUUCCAUACCUUUACGAGAUCCGAAUUUCGCUGCAGAAUCACCUGUGAUCCCUCCAGCAAUCCCUUUCUUAUCUCUUCCAGGUUCCGAAAUAAUUCUUGGUUUUUUAUUCUUCUUGUAUAUUUAGCUGGAUUCUCCUUUUCUGUUGGCAUCUGUUAUUGAAAUUGAACCGCAUAAUCCGAAAAGACAAGCCAUUCUUUCUUAGACUCAGAUCCCCAGCUACGAGAUUCGUAUUGCAGUUGGCUUGCAGUUAGGAAUGGAGAAUUUGGAUCUUGACUCUGAAGAAUUUAUCAAGAAGUUUUAUAUCCCUAGAUAUAUACUUGAGCCAGAGUCAAAGGCCGAGUUGUUCAAGCCUGAAUGUCCUGUUUUGGUAUUUAUCAACUCUAGAAGUGGUGGUCAGCUUGGUGGAGAGCUCCUCAUCACGUAUCGAUCCAUACUAAAUGAGAAGCAGGUAAUUGAUUUGACAGAAGAAGCUCCUGAUAGCGUGUUACGUAGGCUUUUUAUCAAUCUCGAAAAGCUCAAGAAUAGUGGUGACGGAACUGCUCCUGAACUUGAGAAGAAGUUGAGAAUAAUUGUUGCAGGUGGAGAUGGUACAGCUGGAUGGCUUCUUGGGGUGGUUUCUGAUCUAAAAUUAUCUCAGCCCCCACCAAUUGCUACUGUGCCUUUGGGAACUGGAAACAAUCUGCCAUUUGCGUUUGGUUGGGGUAAGAAAAAUCCUGGAACUAAUCGUAAUUCUGUGCUAUCAUUCUUGGAUCAAGUGUGGAGAGCAAAAGAAAUGAAGAUAGACAGUUGGCAUAUUCUUAUGCGAAUGAGAGCACCAAGGCAAGGCUCUUGUGAUCCAAUUGCUCCCCUAGAGUUGCCACAUUCAUUGCAUGCAUUUCAUCGGGUUUCUUCCACAGAUGAUCUCAAUGUGGAAGGUUACGACACAUUCCGUGGAGGCUUUUGGAACUACUUCAGCAUGGGAAUGGAUGCACAGGUUUCUUACGCAUUCCACUCUGAGCGAAAGCUGCAUCCAGAAAAAUUCAAAAACCAGCUAGUUAAUCAGAGUACAUACGCAAAGCUUGGAUGCUCACAAGGAUGGUUUUUUGCUUCUCUAUUUCACCCUUCUUCAAGGAAUAUAGCUCAACUCUGCAAGGUUAAGAUCAUGAAAAGACAUGGUGAUUGGCAAGACCUCAAUAUUCCUCACAGCAUCAGGUCAAUUGUAUGCCUUAACUUGCCAAGCUUUUCCGGUGGGCUAAAUCCUUGGGGAACACCAAAUAGUAAUAAACGUCGUGAUAGAGACUUGACUCCACCGUUCGUAGAUGAUGGCCUACUUGAGAUUGUUGGUUUUAGAGAUGCUUGGCAUGGACUCGUUUUACUCGCUCCUAAUGGACAUGGGAGGCGUCUUGCACAGGCACACCGUAUCCGAUUCGAGUUCCAUAAAGGUGCAGCUGACCAUACAUACAUGAGGAUUGAUGGGGAACCAUGGAAGCAACCUCUGCCAGUUGAUGAUGAAACUGUUGUAGUAGAAAUUUCUCAUCUUGGCCAAGUUAAGAUGCUGGCUGUCCAUGAUUGUAGAUCCAAAAGUGUCCUUGACCCCACAUCUCCAAUCGCUCAAGACGUCGACGAGAGGGAUAGUGACAAUGAAGACGAAUCUGUUGGGGAAGAGUGGAGAAAAUUUGGAGCAGCAGACACCUUCAAGAUUCCAGAUGAGGUCGACAUUUCCCAUCUCAGUUAACCCGCUGCCAUUACCUCAAUUGUUACUAUUUACUUGCCAUAAAUUAUUUGGCUGCCAAAGUUGAAGCAUAAAUCAACCCCCACACUGAUCGUUUUCUUAAACUCCGGUGGACGUUUUAUUCGCAAGUCGCAAAUAUAUUGAAGUCAUACAUUUGAUAGGGAAAAACAGACAGAUCAAUUGUAAGGAUUGUCAUAAGAAAUUGUAUGAUGAUUGGUGCAUUGCUUUA